AUGCCACCCUGCAUCACAGCCCCAGAUACCACCACGCCCCCAGUUAGUCAGACCAGCCAGCACAGCCAGUCAGUGUCUGAGCUCAGGGUGGUUCUCCUGGGGAACAGCUGGUCUAAGAGGAGCUCAGUGGGCAACUUCAUACUGGGAGUGACUGUGUUCAGCUCUGAGGAUAAAGCAGACCUCUGUCUGAGAGUCAAAAGGGAGCUGAAGGGGAAAGAAAUCGAUCUCAUCAACACUCCAGAUCUGCUGUCAACUAAAAUCUCCCCAGAAGAUCUGAGGAAACAAGUUGAGGACUGUGUGAGACUCUCUGCUCCUGGACCUCAUGUGUUUCUGCUGGUCCUCCAGCCUGCAGACUUCACUGAGGAUCACAGACAGAGGCUACAAAGAGUCCUUGAACUCUUCGGUGAUCCAUCAUUUGAUCGUUCACUGGCUCUGAUAAUGCCCAAAGACAAGAGUUCAAGUUCCAUUGAAAAGUAUCAGCAGCAUCCACAGUUAGGAGAGAUUAUCAAGAAAUGUAGAGAAAAAUUGUUGUGGCAGAAGAACCUGGAACAAGAGCAGCUGUUAGCAGCCAUAGAUACAGUGGUGAAGAAGAGCAUGAGGGAGGAAGUUUCCAGUGAGGAAACAUCGGUUUCACCCAGUCAAGAUGAGGAAGAAAAAGUCUCUGCCAACUUGGAUCUUAUUAGGGGCGCACAUGAACUCAGGAUAAUGCUUUUUGGAAAAAGUGAGAACAAAAAAUCAUCCCUCGAAAAGAUCAUCAUUAGAAAGAAAGAGUUUAAUAUGCCUAAAGUCCUUGGAGGAAGGCAAUGUCGCGCUGCCUCUGGAGAGUGGAAAGGGAAACCGCUAACAGUAGUCAAAACCCCCGACAUCUUCAGUCUGUCUGUGAAAACUCUGUUCGAAGUGAUGAAGAGCUGUGUGAGUCUCUGUCCUCCUGGACCAAAUGUUCUGCUGCUGUUAGUCAAACCUUCUGAUUUCACUGAAGAGGACAGAAAAACUCUGAAUUUGGUCCUGAGCUUGUUUGGUCAAGAUGCCCUUAAACACUCAAUGGUCAUUAUAACACAGAAAGAGGAGAAAGGCAAUAACUCAGUGGAAAAACUCAUUGAAGACUGCAACCAAAGGCAGAACUGGUUUGAAAAAAAUUGUUCUGCUACAGAUUAUUCAGAGUUGAUGGAAGAAAUGAAUGAGAUAGUGAGUGAAAACUGGGGGAAAUAUCUAAUGUUAAAAGAAGAGGCUAAACCCAAUCUGAAGUCCAGUGUGAACCUGGUUCUGUGUGGGAGGAGAGGAGCAGGGAAGACGUCAGCAGCCAAGGCCAUUUUAGGUCAGACUGAGCUUCAUUCAGCCUCCAACUCAUCAGAGUGUGUUAAACAUCAGGGAGAGGUGUGUGGUCGUUCGGUUUCCCUGGUGGAGCUGCCUGCCUUGUAUGGAAAACCUCAGGAGGCAGUGAUGGAGGAAUCACUCAGGUGUAUCUCCCUCUGUGAUCCUGAGGGUGUCCAUGCCUUCAUCCUGGUCCUACCUGUGGCUCCCCUCACUGAUGAAAACAAGAGAGAGUUAGAGACCAUCCAGGAUGCAUUCAGCUCUCGAGUCAAUGACUUCACCAUGAUUCUGUUCACUGUGGACUCAGAUCCUACAGAUCCAGCUGUUGGUAACUUUCUAAAGGAAAAUAAGAACAUCCAGAAGCUUCUUCAGAGCUGUGGAGGACGAUAUGUUGUUCUCAACAUUAAGAACAAACAGCAGAUCCCAGAUAUGUUUGAGAUUGUGGACAAAAUUAGUGAUGAAGGUGGAGAACAGGACUCAGACUGUCUCAGGAUUGUGCUGAUUGGAAAGACUGGCUGUGGAAAGAGCUCUACAGGAAACACCAUUCUAGGAAGAGACGAGUUUGAAGCUGAAUCAAGUCAAAUGUCGGUCACACAAUGCUGUCAGAAAGCAAAUAGUGAGGUGAACGGUCGUCCUGUUGUUGUGGUCGACACUCCCGGUCUGUUUGACACAAGUUUGUCCAAUGAAGAAAUUCAAGAGGAGCUGGUGAAAUGUGUCAGUCUUCUGGCUCCAGGACCGCAUGUCUUCUUGUUGGUGAUACAGGUCGGCAGGUUCACAGCAGAGGAGAAGGAGACAGUGAAACUAAUCAAGAAAUUCUUUGGGAAGAAUUCAGAAAACUUCACCAACAUUCUUUUAACCAGAGGAGACGAUCUGGAGCGUCAGGGAGAGUCUGUUGAUGAUUACAUCAAGAAGAAAUGUCACAGUUCCUUCAAGAAGCUGAUCUCUGACUGUGGAGGAAGAUACCAUGUGUUCAAUAACUCUGAGAAACAAAACCGCACACAAGUCAGUGAGCUGAUAACAAAGAUUGACACCAUGGUGAAGGACAAUGGGGGAUCUUUUUAUACCAAUGAGAUGCUGCAAGAGGCUGAAACUGCGAUAAGGAAGGAAAUGCAGAAGAUUUUAAAGAAGAAGGAAGAAGAGAUUCAGGAACAAAAGGCAGAAUUUGAAAGAAAACAUAAGGAAGAAAUGGAGGCUAUGAAGAAAAGAAUGGAUGAAGAAAGAGAAAAGGAGAGAAUACAGAGAGAAAAAGAACUCGAAAAAAUGAGAAAUAAAAUUAGAGAAGAAGAAGAGAAGAGAAAGCAGGAACAGGAAAUCAGGGAAAAGGAGAAAAGGGAAAAGGAAGCUGAAGAAGAAAGACGCCGACAAGAGUUUGAAACAGAACUUGAAAAGCUGGACAAACAAAUUCAGUCAGAAAAAGAGGCAAAAGAAAAUGUGGACAGAAAACUGGAAGAAGCCAGAGAAGAGAUGAGAAGAAAACAAGAGGAGUGGGAGAAAGAACAGAAAGAAUGGUGGGACAAACAACGACAAGACGAAGACAAAAGACGAGAGGAAGAGAAAGAAAAAAUGGAAAAACUACAGGAAGAUUAUAACGAAAAGCUGGAAUGUGAAAAAAUCAAUAAAGAAGACGAUCAAAGAAGAAGAGAAGAGGAAAUAAAAGAACUGGAGGAAAUUCAUAAGAAAACUCUGGAUGAUCUAAAGAAGAAACAUGAACAGGAAGCCAGAAAGAAAGCUGAAGAGUUCAACCAAGCCCAGAAGAAACACGUGGAUGAUUUAGCAGCUCAGAAGGAAGAACAUAAGAAGGAAAUUUACGACUUAGUGAGACGUGUGACCAAAAAGACUGACUAUUCGAAUAGGAUCAAGAAUUUAAUGCAAAAACAUGAAAAAGAAAUGAGAUCUGUGACAAAUGAAGAGGGGAUCGAAAACCUCCAGGAAGAACACGAAGAACAACUAAAUAAGUUAAUGCAAGAAAUUUUGAAUGAAGAGAUCAAGGACGCGUCGACCUGCAGCAUUUUAUAA